AGCAGUCAGCUAUGGCGGCCACUCCUGAAGCUGGAGGAGACAAAUACCGGUCAUUCAUGCACGGCGAGGGCGAGAAGAACACCGUUUGGAAGCUUGGAGCUCCUCCCAACUACGACGUCGUGAACAAGCUCUUCGAGGAAGAGAGGACCAAGGUAUGGCCCGAGGGGUCCCUGGAAGAGAAGGUGCAGCGCAUGCUCAAGACCUGGGAGAUGGAGAUGAUCCACAAGCCGCGCCCCGAGGAUCAGAAGAGCGUUCACUCGGAGGGGUUCACCGCCAGCACCAACGGGAUGAGGCCUCUGCCGCGGAAGGAGUGGAAAGCCAUCGGCGGCUAUAACGCGUUCCUGGCGACAACCCUGCCACCGGAGUACCGCAUCUACGACCCAGAGAAGGAGACGGAAGAGUCCGGCAUGUCGACGUUCCUGACGGCGUUCCCCAGGGGCUUCGCCAUCGAGGUGCUCGACGUGUACAGUGGCCCGCCGAAGGUCACCUUCAAGUUCCGGCACUGGGGGUACAUGGAGGGGCCAUUCAAGGAAUACCCGCCGCACGGCCAGCGCAUAGAGUUCUUCGGCGUCUGCAUCUUCCAUGUUGAUGAGGAUGUGAAGAUUCAGAAGGCAGAGUACUUCUACGAGCGUGGCAACUUCCUCUCGAGCUUUUUGAGCGCCCCUGCUGCUGCAACGGCUUCAGGUUGCCCUGUAAUGAGGGGAAACUAAAGCAUAAUUUAUAAUGGAACAUGUUGCAACUAUCAAUGUAUUGGAUGAUAAACUCCAGAUACCGAAUUGGCUUUUGUUUCAUGUCAUGACUCCUGACAUGACUGUUUAAAUAAAGUAGCUUAUUUGUCUGGUA